AUGGCUUCUACAAGCAGUAUUUAUCUCUUUAGACAUGUACAAACAAAGCAAAUCUUGGUUAGCUCCAGACAAAACAUGAAGAAUAAAGUAUUGAAUCAACUCGGCACAACACACAAACAUCCUCAAUUAAGAAAAGAUUUAUGGCGUCCUCUAGUUGCUUUAACAGGCUUCCAAUCACCUCAAUCUGCUCAAGCAGUGACCGAUGCCCUUCUUCAACGCUCAAAGGCCCGUCAGCUUGAUUUACAAAGCAGUGAACAACAUAUUGCAAAGCCCAAGCGUAUCAGACAAAUGGAAGAGUUGGAUUUAGUAGAAAAGUCGAUUGUAUCAUUACGUGAGGCACUGGAAUCAGUUGCUGCAUCAAGAAACGAAACCAAAUUAUUAGCACUUUGGGAACAACCUCAUUUCAUGGAGUUGAAGGGUGAGAAGGAAUGGCCUUCGUUUUUAGAACACGGACAAUUAGAAUUAAAGAACAACCGUUUUGUAAAGGAGUAA